GAUGACUUCAAAGAAAUGGAAAAGAAGGUGGACGUCACCAGCAGAGCGGUGUUGGACAUCAUGACCAAAACCACCGAGUACCUGCAGCCCAACCCAGCGUCCAGAGCCAAGCUGAGCAUGAUCAACACCAUGUCCAAGAUCCGCGGGCAGGAGAAGGGACCCGGGUACCCGCAGGCCGAGAGCGUCCUGGGGGACGCCAUGCUGAGGUUCGGACGGGAGUUGGGGGAGGAGUCUAGCUUCGGUUUGGCGCUGGUCGAUGCCAGCGAGGCGAUGAAGGAGCUCGGGGAGGUGAAAGACGCUCUGGACAUGGAGGUCAAGCAGAACUUCAUCGACCCGCUGCAGAACCUCCACGACAAAGACCUCAAGGAGAUACAGCACCACCUGAAGAAGAUGGAGGGCCGCCGCCUGGACUUCGACUACAAGAAGAAGCGCCAGGGCAAAGGUCAGGACGACGAGCUGAAGCAGGCGCUGGAGAAGUUCGACGAGAGCAAAGAGGUGGCGGAGCAGAGCAUGUUCAACCUGCUGGAGAGCGACAUAGAGCAGGUGAGCCAGCUGGCGGCACUGGUUCAAGCCCAGUUGGAGUACCACAGCCGCUCCGCCCAAAUCCUCCAGCAGCUCUCCAGUAAGAUGGAGGACAGGAUAAAAGAAGUGUCCGCUAAACCGAGGAAGGAGUACGUUCCGAAACCCCGAACGGUCCUGGAGCUGCUGCCCCCCAGCGAGAGCCACAACGGAGGGAUCCACUCGGCCAAGUCGCCCGGAAGAUCACCAGGUAGGGAGAGCUUCAAGACCUGGAGCAUAGACUUCUAUACAACCAGAGGAGUCGCCCCCUGUUCUUCUCCCCCUCGUGUCUCAGCCCCGUUGGACCAGCCCUGUUGCCGAGCGCUCUACGACUUUGAACCAGAGAACGAAGGCGAGCUGGGCUUCAAAGAGGCCGACGUCAUCACCCUGACCAAUCAGAUCGAUGACAACUGGUACGAGGGCAUGAUCAACGGUCAGUCGGGCUUCUUCCCCAUCAGCUACGUGGAUAUCCUGGUGCCGCUCCCUCAUUAGGACCCCGCC